GUCAUGUUGACCAACCCCCUACCUCACAGCUUGCCGGAUGACGUAGGGGCGGGUUUCCGGGUCAGGGUUCAGUUCGACGUGGUGCUUGGAAGAAGGCUGGGACUGGUGCCGCUGUUUUUUCACACGCUUCAUGUGCUGGAGAAGAUAGGCAAGUUCAAGUGGAAAAAACAAGCAUGAAGCUGUACUGCUUGAGCGUCCUCUACAAAGGAGAAAACAAAGCAAACCUCCUAAAAGCUGCCUACGAUGUCUCAUCAUUUGGGUUUUUUCAGCGGUCUAGUGUACAGGAAUUUCUGGCUUUUACGAGUCAAAUCAUUGUGGAGAGGACAAACAGAUGCAGUCGUGCUUCUGUAAAGGAACAAGAUUACUUCUGUCAUGUUCAUGUACGUGAGGAUGGGCUGGCAGGAGUGGUUGUGGCAGAUCAUGAAUAUCCAUCACGGGUCUGCUUCUCUCUUCUCGGCAAGGUUUUGGAGGAGUUUUCUAUGCAGGUGAAAAGUACAGACUGGCCCGGAGGCUCUCCAGCAUCGACAAUCUUUGAAGGACUAGAUGCCUACCUUGCAAAAUACCAGAACCCAAAGGAAGCAGACGCUAUGACGAAGGUGCAAGCAGAGCUGGACGAAACAAAAGUCAUAUUGCACCAUACCAUGGAGUCGCUUCUUCAACGAGGAGAAAAACUCGAUGAUUUGGUCUCCAAGUCGGAUCACCUCAGCCUUCAGUCCAAAACCUUCUACAAAACGGCUCGAAAACAAAAUUCCUGCUGCAGCGUCAUGUAACAAUUUUAGUGACAGGUACUACGAUGACUCAAGCAACAACGGCCGAUUCAGACUCGUGAUUUUGAAGCCUUGUGAGUUUAACCGACCUUCAUCAGGGGUUAUUUAAGGCAUUAGCCAAGAGCCAAAUGUACGCCGUUUACAACGCUUGGAUACAGUUACUCAAAGUAAGCUUAAAAGUGAUAAUUGCUUCGUCGCAUAGGCAUUUGCUUUUCUUUUUACACUCCAAACCUGGGGGCAAUUGUAAUUACAAACACCGUAAAAUUGUUUUACAAUUUGCAUUAUGGGUUGAAUUGAAUUAUAAAUGAGACAAUUACAAUUGUUAUUGACCCCAGGUCUGUUGUGCUGUGUAGGUGCUGCUUAAAGGCCUCAGGUUAAAAGGAGGAAUAUAUUGUACUGAUUUAAAUGUGAUAUUUUGGUCAUAAUUGUACCUAAUUUUCCGUGUCUUCACCAAAUCUGAAUGUGGAAAGUAAAUUAACCAAGCCUUAUCAGUAAUAUUAUGUAUGGAAAACAUUACCUUGUGUCAUCUAAAUAUGGUUAUUUAAAGUUCACCAAAGGGAUAAGUUAAAUUACAUCCUUUAAUUUCAGAAUUUUUUACUUAGGAGCACAGUGGCUAUAUUAGCUGUAAAUAACCCCUGCUGUCACUAAUGUUUGAGUGUUUACGCAAACAUGCUCUUCUCAACUGUGGCUUUGUGUUGCUUUUGUGUACCGUAAGGUAAGCUAUGUACUAUACUGUAUAAAUGUUAAGUGUGAUCUGUGGAAUUUAGUCGACAUUUGCAUUUCUAAAAUCUUUAUUAAAACAAAAUUGUUACAUUCAGUAAUAAAUCUGUAUUCAAGUAUUUUUUUCUGAAUAUUUUUCAUUGAGAUAACUGCUGUUGUAUUUUAACUGCAUAAGUCUAGUGGCACAUCAUAAAUAUCUGUUCUGGGGAUAAGGGAAGUGAAGGUUUUAAGAAAAGGUCAACCUUGAACUGUGCACAACUUCUGAUUUGACAACACAUCCAGCAAUUACCACUAUUUUUUUACAAUAUGGUCCCACAUUGCAGGAUGUUUAUGCUGAGUAAAUGGAGCCCAACAGCUCAUUGGGCCCUUCCAGCUGAAAUAAAUAAAAUCUAUAACAGCGGUUGUGAUUGGCUGCUGAGUUUC